GUGUAGUGUUCUGCAAUGCCGGAGCCUGCAAAAUCCGCUCCUGCGCCCAAAAAGGGUUCUAAGAAGGCGGUUACCAAAGCCCAGAAGAAGGAUGGCAAGAAGCGCAAGCGCAGUCGCAAAGAGAGCUAUUCCAUCUACGUGUACAAGGUGCUCAAGCAAGUGCACCCAGACACUGGCAUCUCAUCUAAGGCCAUGGGCAUCAUGAACUCCUUCGUCAACGAUAUUUUCGAGCGCAUCGCCGGCGAAGCGUCGCGCCUGGCGCAUUACAACAAGCGCUCCACCAUCACCUCCCGGGAAAUCCAGACGGCCGUGCGCCUGCUGUUACCAGGAGAACUGGCGAAGCACGCGGUGUCCGAGGGCACCAAGGCGGUCACCAAGUACACCAGCUCCAAAUGAGUCCCAAUACCGGGACGAGCCGCUCGUACGAGUCGCUGGCUGCUUGACUCUAAAGGCUCUUUUCAGAGCCACCCCUCCUAAUCACCACAAAGAGCUGUGCACUAAUUUUCCUACUCGCCCAGUAAGUUAUUCUAGUUGAAGGU